AGUCCCGAGAGAACACCGGAGCUCCCGGAGAGGAAACAACGGGAGUGGACCAUGGAGUUGGGUCGUGUGCUGUUGAUGCUGUUGACCUUAACGGGAAGCACAUCCGCGCAGCUCGAGCAGUACAGAGCCGUGGAUUGGCUGAGCAGGUACGGCUACCUCCCUCCUCCCGACCCGCGCACCAGCCGGCUGCAGACCAAAGAGGGGAUCGAGAAGGCCAUUCGUCUCAUGCAGAGGUUCGGCGGCGUCCAGGAAAGCGGGGUUCUGGACACUGAAACCCUCAAACUCAUGUCCACGCCUCGAUGCUCUCUCCCUGAUAUCAUUGGGAACGAGGACAUGCUGAGGAAGAGGAGGAAACGAUACGCCCUGUCGGGCCUGAAGUGGCAUAAGGCCGACCUCACGUGGAGCGUCCACAGCUACCCGUCGGCCUCCCUCUCCCCCGGCCUCCCUCGUGAUCUGGUGGACACGAUCCUGACCCACGCCUUCAAAGCCUGGAGCGACGAGGUCCCCUUGAGUUUCCGUCGGCUGGCGAGCGACAUCAGGGGGGCGGCGGCCGGAGGGGACAUCAGAGUUUCUUUUGCACGCUCGCUGCACGACGACGGCUACCCCUUUGACGGGCAGGGCGGCACCCUGGCCCACGCCUUCUUCCCCGGCAGGGACGAAGUGGCGGGGGACACACACUUUGACGACGAUGAGAUCUGGAGCUAUAGAGGUCUCAGCAGCAGCACAGACCUGUUCACAGUGGCGGUGCACGAGUUCGGCCACGCGCUGGGCCUCUCCCAUUCCUCGUCCGAUCCGUCCAUCAUGAGGCCCUACUACCAGGGUCCUGUAGGGGACAUCCCCAACUUCCGGCUGGCCCUGGAUGACCGGCACGCCAUCCAGCAGAUAUACGGUGUGAAGGACAGCAGACCACCGGGGGGUGUUGAUCCUGACCUCCCACGCCUGCCCAGUCCCCCUCCUCCAAGACCAACACAGCUUUCUGACCCCUCGUUUCAAGAGCGCUGUCAGGGAGGCUUUGAUGCCGUGGCAAAUAUCAGAGGAGAAGUCUUCUUCUUUAAAGGUGCCCACUUCUGGAGAACAAAGCGAGACGGGUCGUUGGUGUCCCUCAAUCCGGCUCAGAUUAAAAACUUCUGGAUCGGCCUCCCGCAAGGGACAACAAAGGUGGAUGCCGUGUACGAGAGAAAGAGUGACAGCACCAUCAUCUUCUUUAUUGGACCUCAGUACUGGGUCUUCAAGGACACGGUGGCCAUGAGCGGCUACCCUCGGCCCCUCUCCGAGUGGGGCAUGAGGUCAAAGAGCGGGGUGCCGGUGGACCGAGUGGAGGCAGCCUUCAUCUGGGCCCACAACGGCAAGACCUACCUGUUCAGCGCCGGGGAGUUCUGGAGGUUUGACGACAGCCGCGAAGGAGAACACGUGACCAGGCAGCCGGAGCCGGGCUACCCACGGAGCACGGGCGUCUGGGGAGGAGUGCCCACCCACAUGGAUGACGUCAUCAGCUGGGGAGCAGGAGACGCCUACUUCUUCAAGGACAACCGUUACUGGGUGCUGCAGAACGGAGGCCUGAACCAAGACGUCGUCGCUCCCAAAUCCAUCGCAGUCGACUGGCUCAGAUGUCCAGCUCCUCCCGCAACCCCCACGCCUCCAAUCCCAAAGUGCGGCUGCGACUUGAAGGCAUCGUCUCCAUUCCUACGAAGCGGCCGGCUCCUACUGAUCUCUGUCAUGUUGGUCGUUCAGGAAUUUCUGAGAAAAUAAGUCACUUCCUUUGUUCUUCUGGUGUGUAAAACCUGUUCUUUACAUUCUUAUGUCAGAACAUUUUUAAAGACCCGCCUUCGCUUUAACAUACGAGGCCUGUGUUACUGUAAACACUUUGCCUUUGACAGAACACAUUGCCGACCCGUUGUGAAUCCUACCUCUGUCCGACGAUAGAAUAUCCUCCUACUUUUUGAAGCGUACGUGUUGGAUUACAUGGAGCCUGUAUAGCAGAAUGCAUGGGAAAUCGACACGGCAAUCUUCUGACCCUCAAAAUGAGGUCUUACCAAACCACCUCAUGUUUGGACAGUUAACUCAAACAAAUCAAUUUCCUUAUCAAAGCACAUUUUUUAUAUUUCAGAUUAUGUUUGUUUAGUAUUGUACAUGCAAAUGAUUUUCAGGCAAUCAGGAAGAAACAUAUUUUGUUGGCAAACAACAGAACAAUUGAAUGCAAUCAGUCAUUCACUUGGUGGGAGUUCAAAGCAGACUGGAAACUAAACUCAUUGACACAAAGCAAACAGGGCAGAACUAGUCAUUUAAACAGAUUCAAGCUUAAUUUCUGUCUCAUUUGAGUUAUUUUACACUGAGUCUAUUACUAUCAUGUGAGAAAAAACACUUUUAUUCUUGUAUUUGAUUAUUUUUUAAAAGUCUCUUUUAAAAAAAAAAUUAUGUGGAUUAAAGCUCUGCAGAUCUUAACGCAGUAAAUCAUGUAAUGCUUAAAGUGACAAAAUAUAUUUGAAUCUCUAAUUGUUAUUAUUGUUAAAUAUUGUACUAUUAUGUGCGCCCUUGCUCAUUGUGUCCUGCAGAGGGCAAUGUUGUCUACAGUGCGUCCAGGACGUGACGUCACUGACCCUAUAUCCUGACUCCAUGUGACUAAAAUUGAUUAGUAUGAAACCGGAGCAGAAGGCAGCAGUAUUGGCGCAUCUGUCAUGCCACGAACGGAGGUAAAUAAACUAUGCCUAUUGAAAGGCUAAAGAAAGCCUUCUACUCUUCUAAGUUCUGUUAAAUCUCCACCGCAAACGCACGAAGCUUAACAAUUAUAAACUAUUGUUUUUGGUGUGAAUUGCCUGGCUCCGGAGUUAUCGGCCUUAGAGAAGGCAGACGUCUCUGGAGUGAACUGUCCCUUCAACAGGGUUUCAUGAUUUUGGAUGAAUGUCGGCCAUAGUGUAGUUCCGAUAAGGGAUGGUGUGUAUGUCGCACUGUGGCUGCAGGGCUGCGUGCAAGAACUCAACAAACGAGUAAAUGUUGAAGUGCCAUGAUUCAGAUGAAACGUCUUUGUGAAACGUCUGUUAAUUAUCCCCUGCUCUGAACUCCUUCAGAAGCUCUCAUGCUGCACAUUCACGACUAUAUCGUGCAUCUAGAGCACAUCUGACAUUCUCCAGUGACAGUCCUGAUGGCUCUCUCCGUCAAGAACACCUCUCUGAAACAUAUCUCAGUGGCGUCUUGUUCAACAAGUAUAGGAAAUCUGAUAGUCAUUUAGCCUGAUGAACAAGUGUCUAUUGAGCCUCGUGGUUUCACAUUUCUUAUGAAAAUCAGCUCUGAUUUGACAGUCUGACGAACACAUCUUCACCCUCCUGUUACCUUAGGGUCAAUUUGACCCCAUUCAAUGUUUAACCUCCUGUUACCUUUAUAUUUACUGACAUAUUUUACCCUCGGGGUCAAUUUGACCCCAGCAAUUAAAACCUCCAGAAAAUUAUUAGAAUUAAUAUUGUUUUCCAAGUUUAAGUGUGGGGUACUUUAUGUUUGUUUGUUGACUACCUAAAUAGCCCUUUAAAGAUACAAAAAAGUUGAUAUUUCUUAUAUGUUUGACAGUGAAAAACAGCCUGGGGUCAAAUUGACCCGAAAGGUAACAGGAGGGUCAAAGUAAAGCGAUACACAUGUGAGAACUUGAUUUUCAAUAUUAAAUAUAGUUUCUCUAUUUGAUUUGUUACAUAGGCCUUCAUCUUUAAUUUAGAAAUAUUUCAUUCAUAAUCUGUCUUUUCAACCACUACAAGCACAUUAAAGUUAUACAAACAUAUUA